GCUAGGUAACGCGCGGUCUUCCAGCCACACAGCCACUGGCCGCUCGGCUUGAGGCUGAGCAAUGGGGCCGCGGGCCCUUCCGCGGCUCCUGCUCGUUCUUCUAGACUGCUGGGCCUCCGUAAGCGCCCAGGCCGGGACAACCCUGGUGGUAACGACGGAGGGCCUCAACUCCACCAAACCAGUCCCGACGACUCUCCGACCUGUUUUAUCUUCUAAGCCCCCUGAGAUCCCCAGGGCUUCCAGGCCCUUCUCCGGCCCCAGACCCGCCCCAGUCACGGACGUUGCUGCUCUGUGUGUCUGUGACUUGUCUCCAGCGCAGUGUGAUGUCAACUGCUGUUGUGAUCCUGAUUGCAGCUCCGUGGAUUUCAGUGUCUUUUCUGCCUGCUCAAUUCCAGUUGUCACGGGUGAUAGUCACUUUUGUAGUCAAAAAGCAGCUGUCUAUUCAUUGAAUUUUACAGCAGACCCACCUCAGAGAGUAUUUAAACUUGUCGACCAGAUCAACCCAUCUAUUUUCUGUGUUCAUAUUACAAACUAUAAACCUGCAUUAUCCUUUAUUAAUCCAGAAGUGACUGAUGAAAGCAGUUUUGAUAAAUUGAUGAAAACACCUGAUGGUUUUUCACUAAAUCCAGAAUCAGAUGUUUCAACCAGACUGGAUGCUCCCCAAACUGCAAAAUAUGAGUAUGGGGUUCAUCUGCAGACUUCAGAUUCAUUUUUGAGAUUUCCUUCUCCCCUUACAUCAUCUCUGUGCACUGAUAAUAACCCUGCAGCAUUUCUGGUUAACCAAGCUGUUAAGUGCACCAGGAGGAUAAAUUUGGAACGGUGUGAAGAAAUGGAAACCCUGAGCAUGGCUUAUUACAGCAGCCCUAAAAUUUUGAGGGUGCCUGGUUCAGGAAUAGAGGUCCCUGUCACGGUUCAGUCCAUCGUCAUCCGGUCUCUAAAUAAAACACUAACCCGACUGGAAGACACAGCAGUACUGAGGGUAUCAAAGCCGGGUGUUGUUGAGGCGGGGCAUAUUGAAAUCUGCACUAACGUCGUUCUUGAGGUGACGUACAGCCUUACAUAUACAGAUGCAGGUGAGGUAAUAAAAGCUGAUCUCUUUCUUCUUCUGGGAGCAGUGAGCAGUGUAAUGGUUCCACUCCAGCAAAAGUUUGAAAUUUAUUUUAUUCAGACCACGAAUAGAUAUGGACAACUUACUCUUCUUCGUAGCACAACUGAGCAAGACUGCUUAGCAGUAGAGGGGAUCCGGGCCCCAGUAUUAUUUGGUUACAACAUGCAAUCUGGCUGUAAACUCAGACUGACCAAAGCUCUCACGUGUCGGCUGGUAGCGCAGAAGAUGAAGAGCCUGCUAAAGGGUCAGGGCUUCCCAGAUUAUGUGGCCUCUUUUGGAAAUUCCAAGGCCCAGGAUGUGCUGGACUGGGUGCCCGUCUAUUUCAUCACCCAGACAUCCCAUGUGAAGGAUUCCUGCCAGCUCCCAGUGGCUCUGACGGUAGAAGUGAGAUGGACUAAAUACGGAUCCUUAUUGAACCCACAGGCUAAAAUAGUCAAUGUAACUGCAAAUCUAAUUUCAUCUUCCUUUCCUGAGACCAACUCAGGAAAUGAAAGGACGAUUCUUAUUUCCACUGCGGUUACUUUUGUGGAUGUGUCUGCACCUGCAGAGGCAGGCUUCAGAGCUCGGCCAACCAUCAACGCCAGGCUGCCCUUUAAUUUCUUCUUCCCAUUUGUUUGAUGUAAGUCGUUAAGUAAGGAAACUACACCAUAUCUGCAAAAUUCAGCACGUGUGGGGUCCAUGGUCCCUCGGAGACAUUCUACUUUAUUAUAACCCUUGAGAUUGCCCCUAGACCAGCACACUUCCUCUCCACUCACUUCCCUCCUCUUGUCUCCCUUCGGGAAUGUCAUUCUACUUGGUCUGACAUUAGAAGGGGGCAUCAUCUGGUCUUAGCCAGUUCCAGUACUCUCAACACAUAAGUCGUAUAUGGAAACCAAGUUGCACCUUUGAGAAGACAAGAGGACAGACCCUCAAGUAGUGCAGGCGUUGAGGGUUUAUCCAGUUUAUUCAUCCCCUGCUUUAAAUGUGAGUUAUUUUUAAAAUAUUAUUUUUAGUUCAGGUUUUCUUCCUUUUCAGGUCCUGCUGAAAUGAGUACAAAAAUAGCAAAUUGUUUAAAAUCACGCGAGUAGAGGACAAGGCCUCACAAGGGGAUCUUCCCCCAAAUGUCAUGUUAAUUACAGUAGAGUCUUGGGUCUAAUUGCCACUUCUGUACCAGGCACCGGAGCUAGCUUGCUCUCCAGUUAGUGGGCUGGUCUGGGAUGCCACCAAGUGAUUCCAAGCAGUUGAAGCUGGAAAGGAUCUAGUAGGAGGGCCCGAGGGAAGGAGAGAGUCUAUUUUAUACAUUAAUUGUACAGUAACUGAGGAAAAUGUUGUCAGGUGGCAGAACUAGGUGGAGCCAGCUAAAAGCUGGAGGAUGCAGAGGAGGGGGCUAGGUACUCAAGAAUGGCCUCCUUGGGGGAAAUUGUGGUUAACUAUUUAGAACAGCUUGGACAUGUAAAAGACUUCUAGAAUGUGCUGAUAGCUAAGAUAGCUUUCUUUUUUGUUUUUCAGAGUGCUCAUAGGAAAGGAUGUACUGAUCCCUCAAUAUACAUGUGAAAAGUGAAAACUGUACAUUUGAUGAGAUUAAAUUUUAUAUACGGCUA